AUGGCAGCCAGUCCCACUGGGCAGCAGGACGUUAUUGUGCAUGGAAAUGGGGCAGCCGGUGGGGAACUUCAGGACCUUGUCGCCACGAGGGGCUGUGGGGAUACUGCCCGUGUGAACGCAAAGGGAGCGGCCGCGCUGGCGGACAACGGGUCCGUAACCGGCCUGGGGGGCAUCUACUACUACCAGUACGGCGGGGCUUACAGCGGCUUUAGCGGAGCAGACGGGGAGAGAGCCCAGCAGCUUGACCAGCGUUUCUACCUGCUCAAGCUGCCGAUUGCAAGGGCAGCAAUGGCCGUGGGAGGGUGUCUCCUGGUCUUCUCUUGUGUUCUUAUGUUGGUUGGUGUUCUGCGGUUACCAUGGCAUUUCCCAGCAUGGCUGCUGCUUGAAUGCAGCCUGGACACAGUGAUUGCAAUUGGCCUAGUGCCUGCUCUGUACUACUUCUUCCAUUUUCUGCUGGGGGUUUAUAAUUCAUCAGUGUGCAAAGAGCGAGAGCAGCUUUAUCAAAGCAAAGGCUAUCAGGGCUUUAGGUGCAGCCUGCACGGGGCAGAGAUCGCUGCUGGCCUCUCGGGCUGUGUAGCUGUCGUGGCAUACCUGUUCAGUGCAGGCCUAGCUGUCAGGGGGUACAGAACAGUUCACAAACUGAAACAGAAGCCAGUACAAUUAUAUGAGCUUUAG